CGACUGCCUCUGAAGAGACAACACCGCUGUCUGCACUCAGCCUGACCUGCGACUGGCAAUGGACUACACGAACAACGCCUCCAACAGCUACAGCUCUGGAGACAACAUGAGCUCCUCCUUAGCCAACAUGACCAUCAACGAGCAGCACCACCAGGAGAACGGGGUCCAGAUGGGACACAGAAGCCCCGGAGAUGCCAAAAUGAAAGAGAGCGAAGCGGCAGAGCUCAAUGAAAAUGGGGUGAAAUCUGUGUCUGAACUCUCUGAACCAGAGAGCAGCCACUUUGAUGACGAGGUGGAGCCCGCUGAAGUGUCUGCAGAGAAAGUUCCGUCUGAGCUCUCCGAAAUACAGAGCGCCUCAUGUGAAGAUGAGGGCCAACUCGCAGGAGGAGCAGCUUCAACAGUUCAAGCAAAGAUGGAUAACGGAUCUGCAGAUAAGACACAAACUGCCACCAAACCAACCUCUUCCCUUAAAAGACCAACCAUAGUCACCAAGGGCAGCAACAAAACACACGCUUCCUCCCCGCGAAACGGCCACAGCUCGAUCCCCAUUAGAGCCAGCAUCACAGGGCCCAGGCAGGCCGGAAGUCUUGCUGGUGCAAAGUCUCAAACUCCAGGAGCCAAAACAUCCCCCAGAACUUCAGCUCAGCCAGAUGAAAUGAGUGGACAGAACAGCCCUGGAACCCCCAAAUCUCCCUCUAGCCAAGCGGCUGCUGCCAAGGCAGCAGCUGAGGCCAACAAAGUGAAGAAGAUCGCUGUGGUGCGUUCCUCACCCAAGUCUCCAGGCUCCCUUAAGGGCCGCCCACCGGCUCCUCUGAGCGCUCCAGUGGCCAUGCCGGACCUGAAGAACGUCAGGUCCAAGAUCGGCUCCACAGAAAACAUGAAACACCAGCCUGGUGGUGGAAAGGUACAAAUCUUUGAUCAGAAGCUGGACUAUAGUUGUGCGCAGUCUAAGUGUGGCUCCAAAGGCAAUAUGAAACAUGUACCCGCAGGCGGCAAUGUUCAAAUCCUCGACAAGAAGCUGGACCUUACUAACGUCCAAGCUCGUUGUGGAUCAAAGGACAACUUAAAGCACACGCCUGGUGGAGGCAAGGUUCAGAUCGUGCACAAAAAGGUCGAUCUGAGCAGCGUGACAUCUAAAUGUGGCUCGAAAUCCAACAUGCAUCAUAAACCAGGUGGUGGAAAUAUUGAGAUCAAAAAUGAGAAGCUGGAAUUCAAGGUCCAAUCCAAGAUCGGCUCUCUUGACAACAUUGGCCAUGUUCCUGGAGGUGGACAGAGAAGGAGGGGGAAGGAAGCAGAGGGGAGCACUUCAGGCAGCCCCUCAAUCCCCUCCCCAGGUGUCACCCCCCCUCAGUCACCUCAGACUGUCCCCUCAGCACCCAUCACACCAAUCUUGACGAACCCUCUCAUAAAGAUUGAGGACUCCUAUUGAGAGCCACAAACUGAUGUUCCGUGAGACAGCCAAGGCCCGCACUGACCACGGCGCCGAGAUCGUCUCCUUGGAAGACUCUCCUCACCAGCUCAGCACCGUGUCCUCCUCUGGCAGCCUCAACAUGGCCGAAUCUCCGCAGCUGUCCACGCUGGCCGACCAGGUGUCCGCCUCUCUGGCCAAACAAGGCUUGUGAAUGCACUCCAACCCCACCCGCGACUUUUCCUUCCACCUCCAACGUCCAACCACACGACCACGUAGAGGAGUUGUGAUGCCUUCCUCAUUAUGUUCACAGGACUUUUUUAGCUACCCAUCACUGUUUAUCCUUCACUAACCUUUGAAACUGUUCUUGAGGCAUUACUGGCAGAGGUAAAAAAAAAAAAAAAAAAAGGAUUAACAAGUAGGCCAAAAUGUGUUUAAUUUCUCUCUCUCUGUUUGUGGUCUUUGAUCUCUUUAUUUGCCAUUAUUUCUACCUUUUGUAAGUAUCCCUUUAAGAGUUAAAGCACCCCAGCAGAGCAAAAUUCUCCUUGUGAAACUAAUUAUCUUAUCUUCAUGCAUAUCCCGGUAAAUCUGACGUCAUUUUAAAAGAAUUGGUUUCCUGUCACAUUGACUGUAAACCCCUUUUUUCUCCUCUUUUUGGUGGGUUGCCCCCCCCCCUCCCUUCCUUUGGUGCAAAUACAGAAUAUCAAACUUAGGGGAAAUUUUAAAAAAGAAAAAAAAGCAGGAAAAAUGGAUGAUUUAAAGUAAGAGGGAACAGUUACAGGGUAUGAUGAGGGACGACGUGGGAGGAGGAAAACUGUUUUAAGAAACGUAGCAAAUUUUUCGUCAAAGGCAGUCAAAAAAAAAAAAAAAAGAAAAAGAAAAAAAAAAAGCUUUCAGACCUCACUGCUGUCUUUUUGCUUUGUGAAGUCCCGACACGUGCUGCACCCUCGAACGCUACUGUAGGUGACGGAGGUGUGACCUGGAGUUAAAAAAAAUAAAAAACGGGCUAGAGUAGGAAACUUCGGUUUGUGUUGGGCACAGUUUUAUAAUCGUACUCUGUGGAUAUAUGACAUGUAUUUGAUAUGAAGAAACAUUUGUAUCGUGCCUGCUACUGUCAGUGUUCAUCUUUCUUUCUUUUUUUUCCUCCUUUUUUUUUGUUACUGCUAUAUUGUAAAUGCGCUACAGCUUGACUUGUGAGGAGGAAAAAUGAACCUUAAGGCAUUUUUAACCUUCAUGGCGGCCAAAUUAUUGAGAGGGAUAGAGGGUCAGCUCAUCAUUGAUUACAGUAUUUAAACUGCAUUUAUAUGCACUUAAACGAUAGGUAGACUGUUGUUCAUUGCAAUUAUUGAAAAGUAUAAUGAUUCAUAACAGGUAGAAACAGCUAGUAUCUUGAAAAAAUAUUCAACCAGAGUGAAUAUCUUGCAAAGCAGAUGGAUGGAUGGAUGUAUGUAUGUAUGAUGGGUGAUGGUUGGAUUUGAGGGACUGCUAAACUAAGCAACAAGACAAACUGUACAGCAAUGACUUAAUUAGCUAAUUAUUACAUAUUUAUCUGCAUCGGCAAGACUCAACAUGAUGUGGCACUCAGCUGGUUGCCUGUAAAGUUAAGUUGCAUGGUCAAAAAUGUGUGGACACCCAAAUAUUAUGCCCAUAUGUGACUGUUGAACGUGUCAUUUGCCUCUAAUCUUUUAGUUUGCGACUUUCAACCUGAUUUUGUAACCCAGCUGCAGAGAUUUUCUCCCAUUGAGCCUGAUGAGCGUCAGUGAGGUCCAUCAUUUUUUCAUGGUUUUGUGCACAGGGUGUAAUUUCACGGUGAAACAGGAAACAACAGAUAAACACCCAGUUAGAAGCGUAUUCUUGGCUAAAAAUUCCUAAAAAUCUGCUUGAUGUAGCUUUUAGGGGUCUGAAAAUGUAAAAAAAACCAAACUGAUUUGUGUGUGGCAGGAAUGUUUUCCUACAGUGUCAGUCAUCUUGCGACCCCUAGUGGUGACCCUGACCCCAAUCUUAAUAUCUUUAUUGUUAUAAUACUAAUUAAAGCAUGAAAGAACUAAAAGGAGAACGUAAAACAGCAGCUUUACAUUAAAUUAAACUAGAAAAACUCAUAAAAGAAUAAUUCAAAGUAAACUCACAAAAGGCCGAUAGAUAGAGCUCAGAUUUUAAACCUUAUUUUCUUGCAAAUAUCGUUGCAUUGUGAGGCUGUAGAUGUUUUAAAAACUGACACUAAAAGUCCCGAAAAUCACAAAGUGCACACACGUAUAUGUUUAUAAAGGCGUCCACAUACUUUUGGCCAUUUAUUGUAUUUCAUAUUCCGGCUUUGUGAAAAGAUUAGAAAAGAUAAUGAGGGAGUUUUUCCAAUUUUUAACAAACUUUUUCUGUCUUUCAAGGCUUCAAUAAAAUUAAUCUAGUAGAUUUUUUUAAAUGUGUUUUUUCUAUUUAAAUUAAUGCAACCAGCUGGAGAUUAAUUACCAGUUUUUUUGUUGUUUUUUUACUUGCUAAUCAAUAUUUCCCAGUAGAUUCGUCACUUAUUGCUCACAUUAUAAUAAUAUGACUUCUUGCAUGCACCUCAUGUAAGAGACGGCUGUCUGCUUGUUGCCUCCCGUUCACAAAGUGGUCUCUUUGUUAUAUCCUGUUUAUAUAUGUGCUCUGAAUCUGGAAGGAUAUACUGAUCUUGAACCCUAGGACUAAAAAAAGAAAAAAUGUGUGUGAAUGUGUGUGUGUGGGCGGAUGUAGGGCAACCCUUCACUCACAGGCGGUGGUGAUAAGAGUCCAACAGUUUGUCCCCCCCCUCCCCACUAUGUGUGUGUGUGUGUAUGUGUAUGUGUGUGUUCAACAUGUUAUUGCCAACGUGCGUAGAUAUAAAACUGCAUUUUUUAUCUCUAUGACCGCUAAAGAUGCUACUUUCAGUUUAAAAAAAGAAAAAGAAAAGAAAAGCAGACAACACGUAGGACUUAAGGGUGCGCUUGCAAACAUUAUCUGCAUGUUAAAUUCUUUUGUUCAGGUAGAUUUUACAUUCAUCUCAAAAGUGUGUGCAAGACAGACGUAAGUGCUGAGAGAUGGGAGCUGCUCCUGCUGCACAGAGAACAGAAUAAAAAGGGGGAUGGGGCGGGGGAGGGGGGGCUGUUUGUGUCCUCUCCAUGUACUUGGAGCAGGUCGGAGAGUUUGCCGCAGUAACAAAAACUAGAUCACCUUUUUUGGUUACUUCUGACGCUGUACAGUUGUGGAAAUGUGAUUGUUCUCGUUAUUGUGCAUUUUAUCAAUAACUGGUUUAUGAUGAUUCUUGUUGCUGUAUAUGUGUAUUUGAAAAUAAAUGCUAUGAAGUCAC